GCAAGGGACCUGUUUCAUUUGCCUUUGGUCUUGUGAUGAGAUGAUGAUGGGAACGGAGCAGCCGCGGCCGCGAGGCGUAGCCAUAGAUUUCCUCGCAGCACGACAUGCUGCUCCUCAUCCACCAUGCCAUCCGACUCCGAGCCUCCCUCCCUGUCCGUACCCACCCGUAGCCCGGUAAACAUAAGUCGCCGCCAGCCCCAGCCCCAAAUCCGAAUCUUCCCUUGCAACAAUCAUCCGUAAGGCCGUCAUCGCCUUCCGCCCCGCGGCCGCGGGGAGACGCGAUGCAGGGACUCCACCGCCGCUACCGAUGGAUCAAGGAGUGGGUUCCGCAGGACCUCGUCAUCGCCGGCGGCCCGUGCGCGCUUUACAAGUGGGUGCGAGAGGAUAGGUUGGCUGCUCUUAAGUCCAAGGACAAGGAAGAAGGGGCAUGCACUGCAAAGCCUGACCCUGCCACUGAGGUUCUUUUCUUAUGCAGCUAUGAUGGCUGUGGGAAAACUUUUGUUGAUGCAGGUGCUCUUAGGAAACAUGCCCACGUGCAUGGGGAGAGGCAGUAUGUCUGUCACUACGAGGGAUGUGGGAAGAAAUUUUUAGAUAGCUCUAAGUUGAAGAGGCAUUUUCUUAUUCAUACAGGCGAGAAGAACUUCGUCUGCCCUCAUGAAGGUUGUGGCAAGGCUUUCUCAUUGGAUUUUAAUUUGAAGGCACACAUGAAAACCCAUUUUGCGGAUAACUAUCAUAUGUGUCCAUACCCAGAAUGUGGUCGAAGAUUUACACAGGAAUCUAAACUAAGGGCUCAUUUCAGGGCACAGCAUGAGAAGUCUGGUGCACAGAAUCCAGGUGGGCCUGUAAUGAACCGCAAUGCACUAGGAGAUCACCCUCAUAACACAGCGAAAUCUCUGGUAACACCACCAGUUCCAUCAGCUGAUCGUCCGUAUGUCUGCCCUUACGAUGGGUGUGCCAAGGCAUACAUUCACGAGUACAAACUUAACCUCCAUUUGAAGAAAGAGCACCCCAACCACUAUUCAGAUGCUGGUGCUCAAGCUGGUCCGUCGAGGGGCACAGUAUCGAAGAAUUCCCGUAGAAGCAAGCCAAACCUCACAACCAGCAUGCCACUCGCCAAGAUCUCUAAGCGCAGCGGUUAUACGGUGCCAUCUCCAGCUGUCAGUAUCCCUGAGGAGCAUCAGUGGCCAAGGAAGGUGUUGUACGAAGAUGAUAGUGAGGAGACCGAGGAAGAGGGAGAUAACCUUGAGGAGGGGGGAUUGAGAUACAGAGCUGCUAGCGACGGCGAUGACGAUGAGGAGACGGAGGAAGAAGAAUGAGAGCUAUGGGUUGCUGUGCACAUAGUUUAUGAUCACCGGACUGGAUUAUAGUUCUGCAUACAUGUAACAAUACAUAUUAAGGGUGGCUAGUUAGGCAGAAACUUGUGGGCUGCAUGUAGGUGUCUCAAUUUAAGGCUAUUAAUUAACUUAUUAAGAAGGGUAAUAGAUCAUCACGCUUCCGUGCUGA